CAGAUCCACGGUGACGGAGCCUAGUGCAGGUUCCAGCCACACAAAUUAAAGCCUGGCCCGACGACGAACGCCGAAGUUCAGCCAUCCAUGGCCGCCUCCUCAUCCUGCUCCAUGCUUAUCCUUCCCACUCCUCUUGCUUCUUCCUCUUCCAGCAUUUCUUCUUCUUCUUCUUCUUGUUGUUUUCGCGCUGCCGGUCUCUUCGGCCUCCGGGCCAGAAGAGGCUCUUCAACAGCCAAGCCACGUAUCGUCGGCCCUUCCUGUGCUAUGCGAGCUCUCGUAUUCGACUGCGAUGGAGUUAUACUGGAGUCGGAGCACCUCCACCGCCAAGCUUAUAACGACGUUUUCGCUCACUUCAAUAUCCGCUAUUCUUCUUCGCCGUCUCAGCCUAUCAAUUGGGCCUCCGACUUCUACGAUGACCUCCAGAACCGUAUUGGCGGUGGAAAGCCCAAAAUGCGUUGGUACUUCAAGGAGAAUGGAUGGCCGUCUUCGUCGAUAUUCGAAACGCCACCGGAAGACGAUGCAGAUCGUGCGAAAUUGAUCGAUACUCUUCAAGACUGGAAAACUGAAAGAUACAAAGAAAUAAUCAAAUCUGGCACUGUGAAGCCUAGACCUGGGGUUUUGAGGUUGAUGGAUGAGGCCAAAGUUGCUGGGAAAAAACUGGCCAUUUGUUCUGCAGCCACUAAAAGCUCAGUCAUAUUGUGUCUUGAAAACCUUAUAGGGAUUGAGCGCUUCCAAGGUCUUGAUUGCUUCCUUGCAGGUGAUGACGUGCAGAAAAAGAAGCCUGAUCCAUCAAUUUAUUUAACAGCUGCAAAUAGGCUAGGAAUCUCAGGGGCAGACUGUCUGGUGGUGGAAGAUAGUGUCAUUGGAUUGCAGGCAGCGAGAGGAGCUGGGUUGCCAUGUAUUGUCACGUAUACUUCUUCAACAGCUAAUCAGGAUUUUAAAGAUGCAGUUGCAAUCUAUCCUGAUUUGGGUAAUGUUAGAUUAAAAGACCUAGAAUUGCUACUUGAAAAUGUUGUUGCUGCGAGCUAGGAGCACAGCUGAUACUGGUGAAAAAGCUUACUUAUAUUUGAACAAUGUUGUGGUGCUCUUGCUGUGAAACAUUCACUUGAGGUACUAUUCCUGCUGUCCUGUUUCCAGAAUUAUAAAUUUGAUUUUCUUUUUCCAACCCUCCGAGGAAAUUAAUUGAUCCUGUAUUUUUAUUUGUUUCACUGGUGGGUUGUAUUGUAUACGGAUACAAAAAUGUAAUAUAUGUGAUGACCUCUGGUAAUUUUGGGGCUGCCCCUGUAGGGGUCACUGUAUAGCCAUAUCAUAAUCCCCCAAGCUACCCAAAAAAAAAAAAAAAAAACAAGACAUUGAUUCUAUUUGUCGAUUAAUUAAUGAAUAAAUAGAUUUGAAAUC